AUGAAAGGGAAGGAUGAUCUACUAAGUCACUUCAACGAGGUGUUGUGGGACCCACGUCUUGCGUACCUGGCACACAUAUUUGAGCAGCUAAACUGGCUGAAUCUCAAGCUACAAGGCAAGGAAAGAAAUGCGUUUCACCACACGGAUUGUAUUUGUGCAUUUCUUGACAAACUCCAGAACUGGCAAAGGAAAGUCAGUACAGGAAAUGUUGCCAUGUUUGAGAAUCUCUCAACUGUUCUUGACGAUAUUGAAGAGGAUCGUCUACUUGACCCAUCACUCAAAAAUGAAAUAAUUCAGCACUUGAAAUCCUUGGAAAGUGAGCUCAAAAGGUACUUCCCAGAAUUCGAGGAGGAGGAAGGGAAAUUGGUGAGGAAUCCUUUCUCUAGCACUCUUGAUAUUGCUGCCAUUUCCGACGAUGUUCGGGACGAAUUUCUUGAUCUCAGGAACGAUUCUGCUGCCAGAGACCUCUGUGAAGAAAAAUCUCUGACGCAUGAAGUGUUAGAGGCGUGUCAUGAAGUGUGUUAUGGUGGCAAAGUGUCCCAAAGUAUCAUGAAGGGUCCUAAAGUUUCAAAGUUCCUUUAA